UCUGAGACCCAAGGUUAUUCACUCUCUUACCAAGGAGACGAGAGCGACGAUUGGGGAGAGGACGGAUAAGAAAAGCCUCUGCUCACCGGCUGCUUCGACUUCAUUUGAGAGUGCAUUUCCCCCAUUGCAGGUUGUCCUUCUUGGAUCAGAGUAGUGGCCAUGGCCUGGUGCUCAUUCGCAGACGCUUCCUCCUGCCACCGGGCGGCGCUGUUGAGAUCAAAGUCAUUGCCGUGGAUCUUUUCAUCUGCAAGAAGAACCCAGCGUAAUAAACCUUCAAGAUUCUCGAGGGAAACUUGAAAUGCAGAUGGACACCACAGGGUGAAAACCGAGCCGGGAGGCCACAAGCCACCUGGUCCUGGUAAUGGUCAAAGCUGUCCGAUAUUAACUUCAACCUGGGGAUGGAGAGAAGGCGCAGCACACCAUGGACGCAACAAAAUGGAGGGAUACCAAUUGUGUCCCUAUAAUACCCCUAAAAGGAAAAGGGAAUAACCUGAGCAAACCCAUGAUGGAUAUGGUCCGGGUUGCUACGUGGCUCUGGAAGGGGAGGGGCUCUGCGUAUCCGAGCGUUGCUAUUGGCUCCAGAGUCUGCACGGUGGAGAGGGGGGUACCUCUAAUCAUAUCCAGCAUGUUUUGCACAAGAAAUGUCAACCAGAAAGGGCUAUCUUCUCCCCUCGCCAAAAUACACCACAAUAAUGGCAUGCUCGGACAGCCCCGCAGGAAACGCGUUUUUUGUGGAUUCUCUGAUCAGCGGCCGGACCGAGGGUGGAGGGGGACACUACUACCCGGGCAGCAGCGUGUGUCUGCCCCAUAACGCCGCAUCAGAGGUGUCUUACGGGCUACAGAACUGUGGAUACUUCCCAGGUAUAGGCAAGCGGAGCGACGCAGGUCCCCAAAACAUGAUGUCUGCCGCGUCAGGCGCGUAUGUGUCAGGCAUGGAGAUGUGGAUGGACGCGCAGAGGUCGUGCCGAAUGGACCAGCAACAAACUGUGGGUCCCCAGGUCGCGCCCUGCUCGUUCCCGCCGAGCAUUAAGGAGGAGAGCGCGUACUGUCUCUACGAGCCGCAGAAGUGCCCCAAAGCCUCGACCGCCGAAGACCUGACAUACUCCAGGCUAACCACGACAGGCCCAGGCUCGUGCACAGUCACCGACGGCGGCGGUGGGGGUUCUGUACCAGUGCCUGGCUACUUCCGCUUGUCUCAGAUGCACGCACACUCUCAUAAAGUUUACCACGGCGCCCAAUCGAACCCCUCUCAUUCCCACUUUGGCCUACACCCCCCUGCACAUACUCGCUUCCAAACCCCGACCCCCCCACCGUCCUCAGUCUUAGCCUGUUCAGCCACGGCGGCUUACAAGAGAAGAGACACCGAGGAGGCUCUGUCUUCCGGUACCGCGUCCCAGCCCCAGCAGACGCACGCCCCACUGGGGGACGAGGAGGCACGAGCGUCCUCCGACGCGGAACCUUCAUCUCCCGAGGAAGCUGAAGAGGAGCUCGAGAAGGAGAAGCCAGCGAAAACACCUAAAGGAGACACAGAAAGCGAAUGCACGGCCAACUGGCUAACAGCAAAAAGCGGACGGAAGAAACGUUGCCCAUACACCAAGCACCAAACACUGGAGCUCGAGAAGGAGUUCCUCUACAACAUGUACCUGACUCGCGAGCGUCGCCUAGAGAUCAGUAGGAGCGUGCACCUGACGGACAGGCAGGUCAAAAUAUGGUUCCAGAAUCGCAGAAUGAAACUGAAGAAAAUGACACGGGAAAACAGGAUUCGUGAGCUCACGUCAAAUUUUGGUUUCUCGUGAUAACUUUGAAUGUUUUCAACAAGCUUU